AUGCAUGUCACUAGUACGGGAAUGGAGUCGAUGGAGGCUCAAAGCGCACGCAGCUAUGUACAGCAGCUGGAGCAACUUCUUGCAGCAGCGGAAGCGAUGGCAGUAACAGUUAAGACCACUGCCCCAAUAACCGCAUCAACAUCCACCACAUUGCGUCUCACAUUGUCAACAGCCGCACCGCCCAGUACUUCGAAUGUGCUGCACACGACUCUGCGGGACAGGCUAAGUGACUCCAAUGAAAUCGAUAAUUCCUAUGCUGCCAUCGAGGCUGACGGCGAUGAUGCUGCAGCCGCUGUGGAUGCUGAGCUGGUGGCAGCUGGCGUUGAUUACGUCAUAGCCAUGGCCCAAACGCCCACGCUGAACGAACAGAGUGGCUAUACAGCAGAAACAGCAACAGCCAGAACAAACACGACGACAGUGCUUGCCACUCAGCAGCGACAGGCAAAUGAAAAAAAUCGCGAUUUAUUAUCCUUAUCGUUAUUAAGCGCAAGCCAAACAUCAUUAUCAUCAGAAACAGCAUCUACAACAGCAACAACGACCCAAGCACAGCACGAGUACGUCGCAUCAAGCGAAAAAAAUGCCAUCAGCGGCAUCCCAGGCGGUGCAUCGGCUUCGGCGACGUUUCAAGAAAUUGGGACACAAAAAGUUAAUGCCUUAGUUCCAGCGACUGCGGCGACAGCUAGGCAUGGCAACGGGGCCGCUGGGAGCACAAUGAUGUCAGCGCCAGUUCCAGCAACAACGACAACAUUGACGACGGCCGCAGCGAUAUCAGCCGGAAGUAACAAAUCCAACGUGCGCACUUCCGCCAAAAAGGUCGAAAGCAAAUAUAUAUUGCCAAAGCAGCAGAAAACUGAUGCGCCCAUGCUGAACUAUAUAUUCGAUACGUUCUCAUCGGCGAACAAACAUCAUCACCACGAUCAAAGAUAUGGACCGCACUUCGAGGACGCACAACGUAUAGGGCAGCCCACAAACAUGACUGUACAAGCAGGCAGCAGCAUUUUGUUGAAUUGCAGAAUUUCUUUGCUCCAAGAUAAGACUGUCUCGUGGGUGCGUCGCAAUGCGCAGAGGGAGGAGAACGCCUUGGAUCUUCUGACAGUGGGCCUGCACACCUAUACAGGCGAUAAGCGCUAUAAGAUGGAGUUUCAAUAUCCCAACAAUUGGCGCCUCAAGAUAACGAAUGUGAAGAAGGACGAUGAAGCUCAGUAUGAGUGCCAGAUUUCCACCCAUCCGCCACGAGUCAUACAAAUUAAUUUGCUCGUAAACGCUCCCAAGGUCAUGAUAGUCGAUGAAUAUGGCGAUCCCUUGCAAGAGAAAUAUUAUGAGAUUGACUCAACCCUGCAGCUUUCGUGUGUAGUGCGAAAUGUAGCUAUGACCAGCUCGGUGGUGUACUGGAAACAUGGAGAGGAUAUUCUGAACUAUGACGUGACUCGUGGAGGCGUAAGCGUAAAGACCGAACUGAUGGACGAUGGCGCCAAUUCAACACUGUUUAUAGCCAAAAUAAAUAAAGCCGAUUCGGGCAACUAUACGUGCUCAAUUAGCGAUUUCCAGAACUUCACAAUAGUGGUGCACAUUCUAAACGGCGAAAGUUUCGCGGAACUGCAUCACGGUGGGGCAACACACACAACCUUGAGCAAUACGAUUGCACUACAUUUCCUACUGCUGUUAUUGCUGUUACUGUUCAAUUACUGCUCAGCACACACGCAUAGGUAAAAGUUAACAAAUUGAAGACAGAACGCCCAGAAGUGUUUAACAAAACACGUAUUUUUUAUAUAUAUACGUAGAUGCAAUGAGUAAUUGUAAAAAAAUACAUAAGCUGAUUUUAACAACUGCGGAUUGCUUUCAACAUUUGUUUGUUGA